ACCGAAAGUCGGUCUUCAAGAAGAAAUGGGCUUCGCGCUCGGAAAGCUAUUUUCUUUGAAGAAGACGCGAGCGAAAUGUUGCGGAAUUUGAUCGUGGCAUUGGCAUUGGCAUGCGAGCCCGAGCGACGACGAGUGACGAUUGACGAUUGACGAGUGACGAGUGAGCAAGAAGAGCGCGAGGUGGGCGCGAACUGAGAUUUCGGAUUCCCUUGAGGAGAAGCUCGAGGGCGGAGGCAGCAAGAGAGUGAGAGAGAGAGUGGAAUCCGAACUGCUCUUGGGGAGGAAGGCGGAUCGUUCGCGGAGAGAGGGGCCGACGAAUUCCGCGAGGGAAGAGCCGGAGAUGGCGUUUGCGUCGAUGGGGUGAUGGGUUCUGCGUCGCUGAGGAGCAGGACAAGGGCAAUUCUGAUACCUCUGACGCCAUGGCCCGUCCCUUCGUGUUCACGCUUCCUCUGUUUGUGUGGGAGGAGUGGCGUGGGCGUGGACGUGGGCGAGCUUCUUCGUCGGUAUGGUGAUGGUGGUGAUCUGGGUCACAAUUAGUUCGUUGCGCCGACAUGACCAUGGCCGUGGCGAUGCCCGAGAGGGCGAGACUGGCUCGUGUGUCGAUCGAUGGAUUUCUCCUUCUUCUCGUCGUCGUCGUUGUUGUCUCUGUUGUGGGUCAAACCUGCGCCGUGCGCGCACAGUCUGCGGACGAGGUCGCCAGCUUUUUGUUGGAGGAUCCGCGCUCGGACACCAGUGGUCCCGGAGUCGAUGGCAUUGGUGAAGACAUAUCCAAGGCGAGUUUCUCUAAAUUCGAAUCCCCGGGAGCUGGUUCGAGAAUGACGCUCCAGGAUGAGGUCGAGUUCACGAGACCAGUGCAGCUGAUGAAACCCGGCGAAGGUCAUGAGAGGCUCGAGUUGAAUGUGGCAGCAGUUGAAAGACUCGCAGCUAUCAACCAUCCUCUCGCAAUUGUAGCCGUCGUCGGGCCCUAUCACGGGUUUGUUCUUGCCUCCUAACUUCAAUUACUUCUUACAUCUUCUAAGUAAAUGGAAUGCUGUAUUUGAAAGGCGUAAUUUGAGGCCCGACAUAUGUGCACGGUUCGGACAUCAAGAAAUUGAAAGAAUGAGCUACAUCUAGCGUUCUGAAUAGCCUCCCGACCCUUUUAGAUGUACUUUUUCCAAAUCAAUCAAUCAAUCAGCUUUGGAGAACCUUUUUGGCUUGGUUCUCGUAUUGGAAUUCUUGUCCAAUUCAGUCUUGUAGGGCCGGUUGUGUAGCUAGUACUGUGUUCAGGUCUUCUAUAAUUUUCUUCUGAGUUGCAGAAAGAGGUAAUUUGUCCAGCUGCGCUAAAAGUACGCAGUUUUUUUGAAAUUAUUUACUAUUUUUUUGGACGUCAACCUACACGAUCUGAGCUUAGCAGGGUUCAGAGAUUAUUUCCUUCUCGUCAUGUAGGGACCGAUUGUGCUUGAAAUUUUGGCAAGGGAGGAGAUCAGGAGAACAGAAUAUAUUGUCACUUUACGGGGAAAAGGAUACGAAUCCUCCUGACUUGAUAAACCGCGGAUUAGACAUCUGAUGUCAACGGCGGAUUGAAUCUUGUUUUCUCCCACUCGUGAAGAUGAUCAAAAGUAUAUUGUUCACAUGAAGAAUAAAAUUCAGGGAAAAUCCUUUCUGCUAAACGUCCUGCUGAAUUCAUCCCACGGCUUCGAUGUGGGAGCAGCACCAGAGCCCGAAACAAGGGGAAUCUGGAUACGUUUUGUACCAAGGGAUAAGGUUACGGGUAUUGAUGGUUCGACUAUCGUUCUUCUUGAUACUGAGGGAUUCUACGGCGAGGGAGCCACUCGCUCUUACGAUGCAAGAGUCUUUGCUCUGGCUACUCUCGCUAGCUCACAUCUUGUCUACAACACUCUAAGAACUCUGGGGGAUGCCCAGUCUGUAAGUGCGCUUGCAGAUUUAGCCAAGCAGGCUCAGGUGUUUAACUUGCAGAAUUGGCUUCACACUGGUGAUGCAAUCGCUGAUCAUUUGUCAACUCCAAUGGAUGUUGACCCAAGCCUUCUGUUGAAGACGUUGGACUUUCCACCCCUCACUUGGGUUGUGCAAGGAUUCGACAUUGGCCUGCUAUCAUCUCAGACUCCUAUGGACCAUCUUCAGAGAUAUCUGGCUGCCCAUGCACACACAGGAGAUAGAACGUUAGAUACCCUUUUCACUCAAGGAAUUAAGUGCCACACUUUAAGAACCCCAACAGACCUGAACUUGCUACGUGAAGUAGUAGGAGAGGAUGGUCUCGCAGCUGAUGAGGAGCUCUACCCGUACUUACACCCAGGGUAUCUAUCUGAUGUUGAUCAGCUGCGAGCUACUAUAUUUGGAAAUCUCACCGCAAAGGGAGAUUUUUCUGGGAAAGAAUUGGCAGGAGUGCUUCCUCUUCUUGUCCACUACGUCAACGAAGACUUUCCGUUGAAUGCGGACAGGAAGUUACGUGAUGUUCUUAUUGAUGUUGUUGUGGAUAGUGCUUUCUCAGGCGGGGUGCAGUAUUUUCAGCUCUGCAUGCAGACUCUUCCUGAUAAGGAGAAGGUUCUCUCUUCACGAAGGGGCAAGGAAGUGAAUAUUGCUCUUGCCCAAGUAGAAUCUGCCGAAGGUGGUGCCAGGCUCUCAGCUUUGGCAUCAUCAGCUUUCACAGCCGAGGAAAUCGAGCAGCUUCUAACCUCAGCAGAAAGGAGGGCUAUCGACUACUGCAAGCAGCGGUGUGUAGGAGUUCCUUUGGCGAAGUCAUCUCCUGCCUGCGAGGGUCAGCUUGGCGUAAAGAUCGCUCGGAUGAAACCCCGAUACAGGGAGGAGAAUGACCAGCGAGUGAGAGAGGUAUUGGUCCUUUUGGGCCAAGGACUAAGAGCAGCUGCCGAGAAGGAAGUAGAUGGACUCGCGUUGCCAAUGCGCGAAUCUGAUAUCCAGCUGCGAUGUAAUCAAGCAGUCAAAGACUCACUUCAACGGUACGAGGCUUUAGUGGGCCCACAUCGUGGCGGUCGUCUUUACAAUGAAGCCCGUGUUCAAAUGCAGACAGAUAUCCAAAACAAAUGUGAUAAGGUGUAUCGAAUCAAUGCUGAGAAGAUCUCAGUUAUUCUCAACAGAGGAAAGGAUGGAUAUCGCAGUGCAUAUGAAGAAGCCAUGACAAAAGAGGGAUGUCUUAGUUCACCUGGAAGCCAAGCUCAGGCUGGCAGUCACGAGCUCAAGAGGCCUUGUUCCACGAAGAAACUUACAGAGAUCAGCAAGACCGCUCUAGCAGUGGCCCGAAUUGCACUCGACAAGACAGUAAAAGAGGGAGGGCUUCUAUGGCUCGGUACCGGGGAUGAGCAGUAUGAUUUCCAACAAUAUCAAUGUCUCCAGUGGACCAAACAACGGCUUGCAGAGUUUCAGGCGCAGAAUGAUGCCAAAAUCCUUGCCUACUGUGAUCACCAGGCAGCUUUAUUGACUAUUCAAUACAAAGAGCAAGUGGCAAAAAUUGCUCCGUUUCCUGACAAUGAUGAAGUUCUCACCACCAAGACUGAUCAGCUUGAGAAGCAUUAUCUCAACGAGUAUACUGCCUUAGUGAAAGAUUACCUGCCUUCAACCAUGGUGGAGGAUAAAAAGAAAGAGCUGGUUCGCAGCAUUGAGGAACUCAAACUGCAUCUUCUGCGAAAAAAUACUGCUCUCAUGAGAGCGUACUGCUACGACCCCCUUAUGGAGGCAUAUAAGGAACUACGCAUGCAGGAUUGUGAGAGAAGUUUCGAUUCGAUGUGGCGAACAAGAACAUUUUGGUCUCGGAAGUGCUUGUGGCCAGGUCCUCGAUACACCUUUGGUUUCAAAUAUGCAGCAUACAUCGCAGCACGGAAACAGUUGGACAAAGCUCAGGCGAAGUCAUCUGGCUCUGGGGAUGGCAGCUCGCAAGGAGGGGUUGUUCUAAGUUCCACAACUCGAAACAAGGUUAUUCAGUCAUGGAUUGAGCAAGACCUCGCUGGCCAUGCAAACGUAGUUUUUGUUAAUUUUAGCAUCGUGCUGGCGGUCAUUGUCGGCACUCUAGUGACUGCCUCAUGGCUGUUUAGAGGCCUGAUGCAGGCAAAGAGCCGAAUGCGACCAGGUAACAGAAGUGUAAGAAAUUCAAACGGCACCUACUUUGGGUCCCCUACGCAUAGGGAUGAGGUUAAGAGGGAGGGGUAUUUCGGAGGCUUGCAACAGAGGACUAGACGUGGAUGAUGUAAUUUAAGAGGAAGUAGAGUGUGAGGUUGUACAGACGGAUGUAGGCUGACAUUUGCAAUUUUUUCGCGAAGGAGUACAGUUUUUUUUGGUGGAGAUUCUUUAAAAGUGUGAAGCUGCACUUUUUGUGUAAAGAAUCUUGGACAAGAUGGCACUCCUAGAAAGUGCCAGUGCUAGCGGUAGAGGAUUUGUUUUCAAGUCACGGCCUGAAGAGGUAGGUUUCCUCUUCACAUUUGAAUCAAAGUCGGCUUUUCUUUGUAAUCCAAUGUUGCUAGCUGUCAUGGCUCACCACUAUCGCGGAUAGAUGUCGUGUUGUGGUGGCUCUUUUUCUGA